CCGUCGUCAACAUGCACGCCCUCCUGAAGUCAGGAAUUCCGAGCUGUGAGUCCACAGAGAGGAUCGGUUCCCCUCAUGGUGCCCUCCAAUGGCGCUUGAUGGCCUGUCCCGAUGUCCUGGAAACGAAGGUCAACAGGCCUUGUGGCGUCUCAAACCGUGCUCUUUAUUGGCAAUCUCCUACCAACAGACAACUGCUUUGCGCUUUGCGCAGCAGGUAUGGUGGGAGGAGGCAGCGGGGCCCAGGCGCUUUUCCCCCAUCUCCCCCCUUUCCAGUCACCACGCACCACUGCUUCGCAGCGGGGCUUUAUCGACUCUGAGAGGCUUGGCCUAGAUGGCCGCCCACUUAACUUGAAGACGUCCUGAUAAACCAGCCGGCUGUUCUUCAUCAUCUCUCCCUGCUCCGUUGCUUUUCCUCCCCUUGCUCCAAGUAAGCAACCUCUCUAUCACCUCAGAACAGCAUAUUAGCCCAGUCCAUCUUCGGAGGAAGCCUGUCUAAGAUAUUACUCCCUGGUCUACCUUCUUCCUAUCGUGAUACUGGGUGGCACUUCCCAGAGAAGCGUGAUCCGAUGGAUGGGCCGUCGAGAAACCUGCCAUUUACUCGUGGGACCCCUUUCGAGAGUGGCCUGCGGCAUUCAUCAGCCCAGAACAUGGCUACUGCCUCGGUCGAACCUAACCAGACGGGCCCUCAAUGCCACUCGAUAUCCCACACCAACCCAACAUUCUUCCCAGUCGGUCGCUCUCUGCCUCCGAUCCCAAAUUUACACAACUCCAAAACCUACCCUGCUCACUCCAUCAACGAUGGCGGAAUAUCGCCACGGGAGGUUUCCGACAACAGCUCCGGCUUUCCUGUUGCCCCUUACGGAGACCAUUAUACACCUUGCCAAGGUCUACAGUGGCUCCAUCAGCCGCGCCAAAGCUUCGACUCCAUGCGUGUGGCCCCAAAUUUAACUAGGUCUUAUCCCGAGGCUGGCCAGUACCAUAUACCCAUCGACCCACAAGAGCCUGAGUUCAAGAGAUGUAGGCUUGGGUCAGCGAACUGGUCUACAUCACUCGAGGUUAGCUCCUGGGAGAUUGACGCCUUGGCUGUUGCGAAAUCCAGGCGGGCUUCAAAUCAACAAGUCUCUCUGGCAGAUAUGCCAACAUCUUCUUGGACCACUCCAGCACACUCAACCACAAGCUCGUCUCCUCCCGAGAUUUCGCUGGGAAACUCACACAAGAGCGGUACCUGGCAGCAGCACUCUUUGGCUUACCCAAGUCCCCCUCAGUGUCUGGAUGACAACACCAGACGGCUAAGCUAUCGAGGACCAUCCCCACGGAGGACGUCGUCUGUCUUUUCUGACGGCGCACUCACUGGAAGCCCAGAAGCAAGCUGGAGCACUGUAGGCUUUGACGGCCACAAAUCGCCACCUACAAGCCCAACUAUUACUUCUACCACUCUAGGAUUUGAUAGCCGGCCAUGCUCAAUGGGCCCUGGCGAGUCGACUCCGACCUUUGAGGAAAUCUACGACGUUCCACAAGUUGACCUGGCACCUCGACAAACGGAGAGGAAGUCGAUACUUGAGAGAUUCCCGAUGAAAAUAUUCAUGCGGAUCAUGGUCCAUUGCGAUUGGAAGCAGCAAAUCUUGCUCAGGCGUUGCAACUCAAACAUGUACAACAUGGUCAGACUUGACGCCAUACCUUGGGAGAUCAAGACAGCCAUCCUUUUGUACGAAGAGAACUUCAACCCCGAGAACUUCAAGCCAUCAAAGUCCCAAGAUGACCAUGGAUCAGAAGAACACGACUCAGAUGCUGCGCCCUCUUCAGACAAUGAGGGGUCACUUUCAAGCAAAGCUAAGAAGGGAAAGAAGGGACGUAGGAAAGAUGUAUCCAAGUCAAAGCCACAGGGGAAAAAGAAGCAGGGCGAGGAGGAUUUCAAAAAGUUCGCAUGCUACUCAUGCUACAAGAUCCUCCCAUCAUAUUACUUUGAGGGAAGGAACCUUGAGACCAAGACCGGCAGGACCGGUACGAGCCAGAAGAAGCGCGGGCACAACAACCAGUCGGGCAAGAAAGUCGACACGCGUGUUGAAUACGUGCAGGUCAUCUCAGUCGAUCCCGGCAGCCCUCCGGAGUGGCUUGUCGAGGACAAGGCAGAAGUCAAAGCCACAGACGUCGAAACGUACGUGACGGAGUACAUGAAGAGAGGUGUCAACUGCGACGACCUACGUCUAUACUACAAAGACAUCACCUCAGGCACGCACUGUAUCGCACCGGUUAGGGGUGUGAAUCCUUUCUUCACGGCAUCCUCGUCAGCAACGCCUCAGCAAUGCGAGACCUACAGACCGGUCUACCCGGUCGAGCCAAGCAACAGCCCCGGAGUCGGUGCGGACAGCAGCGCCUACACAUACGAACUGUGCAUCCCGGAGAACUCUGCGCGGGAUGAGAACCCGAUGGGGAGACCUCGCUUCGGACAGAUUACCAGAAUAUGCCAGCCGCAGCAACUACAAGAAGGACCACCUGAUGCUCAUGGGUUGUGUCUUUCGGCCCCGGCGCCACAAGUGAAUGAUAUCAUCGCUCUUCGGCGGUUCUGUAUACUCUGUGGCGCAAAGUAUGGGGCAUAUAGAAGGGAUUGCAACCGCAGGAUUAUCAACAUGGAGGAGGAUGGGUUUUGGGUCUGUGACUGCCGCAAGGUCAGGCCGACGGGCGUUGGGAGAAGCUGUCCGGACUGCGGCAGGAGUGUAAUUUACUAGGAGGGACUAGGGGGGGUGGUCCUGUCAUUGUCUUCUUUACGGGGGUUUCUUGAGUUCACGAAGCGUUCUUGGGCGGUACACUUGAAUUUGCAUUUUUGGAGGUCGGUUGUAUGCAGACCUUUGAUCUUUUGACUUCACGGAAUUCUUUCUACAAGAUGAGGCUUUGCUAGGCUUAAUCCCUGAUUCAAUCUUUCUUGCUC